AUGGUGAGGAGAUUUAAAAGAAAGAAUAACCUUCAUUCACUCGUUGCAGUCCCGAAGAAAAAAAACAACAUCGGUGGCCUUGAGCGCAACAUCAGUGCUUCCAAGUACGGCGAUGAUGGUACUAGUCGUGGCAAUGAUGGUGAACUUGACAUGCGAGACCAGUCAAUAUCUCCUCCCCAUCAUAAUGAGCGAAAUACUGAAUUUUACAGAAAGAAAAUAAAUGGAGCAAAGCGCGGCAAUGAUAAUGGUGAUAUACACAACCAAAGCAAUAAUAUCACAAACGACCCAAAUACCAAAACUACCUAUCAAGGAAAUGCUCGACCAAUCCUGAAGCCGAAGUCAAUUCUACGUCGUUCCCAGAACAAUGCUAAUACCGGAAAACCUGUCAUACCCAAGAACCCAUUUGCAACUGGUUUUUCCCCAAUGGCUCAGCAAAGUAGUCCAUAUACGCCUGGGUCUUCUUCAAUGACCCAACAAGGUAAUAAUACGUUUGAACACGGAUCUCCAAUAAUGCAGAAUGAAAAGAAAGUCAGAUUCAUCCAUGACAGCCGACCCAACAUCAACCAAUCCAGCUUUCAUCGACCGAAGAAGAACGUUCCGAAUAAUAAGCACCAUUGGAAUAACAAACAUUUCAACAGUAACAGGGGUGGCCGUGGGGCUUACAAAGGAAGAGCUAACACACGUCAAUUCAAUCAAUAUUCUCAGACUCGACAAGUCCAUCGACAUUCGACUUCACCAGCUAACACAUAUCAAGUCGAUCAACAGUCUGAUGCUACAUCGGCACGCUGCAACUGUUAUCGUUGUGUUCAGGAAUGGAAACACGUUUCUUCUCGCCUAGAUUCGUUUGAGCGACAGGUUAGUAAGAGUUGGGAGGUUAAAAAGAACCAAACCAUCAGAGGAAAUGCCAAGCUGGUGACGCCAGUUUGA